UACAGCUACGGAGGAGCCUUGUUUUGUUGAACGUGGAACCAAGAUGGCUGCCUGGUACAAUCUCUUUGCCUUUCUGGCGUUGGCUGGUGCUAUCCUGGCAUAUAUGAUUUUGAAGCAGAAUUGGGAAGCUCAGCAUAUGGAGAAAGUCAUUAGAGGACUAGAGAGAGAGGAGAAAAGUGCUAAUAUUUCAAAAAAAUUUCGCGCAGCAGUUGGGUUCGGAUCUUGUAUGGAUAUUUUCGUGGAUGGUUUGGCAGUGUUUGAGAAACUUGGUGUGGCACCUCCUGAACAUGCUGUCCAUCACGAACUUAUUCAAGAUAUGUCGUCCUUUGCUGAGACAUUUGCAUACUUCAUGGACGAGGGUGCUGCCUCUGAAAAGUAUACAAACCCACUAUUCUUCAAGAAGAUUUUAGAAGCUGCGAAAACAGUUUCAGGUGCACGUUGGGCUCCAGGGGGAAACGCACCUGUUAUAAGUCGAAGAUUAUCAAUAGAAGGGGCUGAAGAAAUUCUAGUUGCAUCAAAUGCAAGUGCAAAAUACAAAACAUUCUUUCCGGAAAACGUUCGUUUUCUUGAAGAAUCUGACCACAAGGAUGACAUCCAUAUUGUUCUCGAAUUUAAACUAGGUGAAGUUUGGGGCAACUACACAGCUUCAAGAGCAAAUAGAUUCAUCAUACAUAGUGACGUUAACAACCCAAAGCUACGUUACAUAGAACCUUUUCAAGAAAGACUCAGUAGCUUUGGGCCUGACCUCAUAAUUGUCAGUGCUUUGCAAAUGCUUGACAACUUUCCAUUCAAAGGUGAUGAACGACAACGACGAAUGGAGGUUCUUCAAAAAAUGCUAGAGCCUUUGUCAGUCCCAGUGCAUUUUGAAAUGGCAUCCUUCUCUGAAAAUGCAAUGUUAAAAGCAUUGUUAGAUUACGUCGUUCCCUAUGUAACAUCACUUGGCAUGAAUGAACAAGAACUACCAAAUUUGGUCAGCAUGUUGAAAUACAAUGAAGUUGUCAACAUAGCAGAUGCCAGUCCUAGAACUGCAAUUAUUCUUGAUCUGAUGCGAGAGCUUUACACUACUUUGAAAAAGAAAAGUAACAGAAUCGAAAGAAUCCAUCUUCAUACUCUAGCUUUCCAAGCAGUUAUAACAAGGUUGGGUACACCCUGGAAGAACACUCGAGCGGCCAUUGCAAAAGCAUCAUUAGUUGCCAAUAGAUAUGUUUGCAACACUGAUAAUAUAGAUGUAAAAAAAUCGAAAUUGUUCAUGGAUGACUCUUUUGCAACAAGUGUAAAACCUGGCAGUCGUCGUAUAUUUUUCAAGCCUGAAAAUCCAGUUUCAUGUUGGCAAGAGGACGAUUAUGAAGUCUGCGUUGCUCCUGUUCUUGUAUGCACUGAUAUUUAUCAAACUGGAGGGGCUGGAGAUAACAUUUCUCCAUCAGGGUUUACUCUUUCGCUGUAAGUUAGUAAAAGACUAAUUGAUAUAUAUUACGGUCACUGGCUUUUUGGGCAAAGGAUUUUAUGAGAUCCCGUGUGUUGUCUGACAAAUUAUAUUUCGGUAACUUGGUACCGUCAAUCUAUGGUUUAUAAACACAUUGAAGUUUCCAAGUUACUGAAAUAUAAUAUAUGUUUUAUUUUAUUGAUGCACCAUCCCUAUACCUUCGUUAGCCUUAAUGUAAUGAUGAUGGCCGUUGAAGAGAGGAUUGAUAGAUGGAGAUAUUGGUCAAGGUAUCGGUUGCCCAUUGUCGUACGCUUCUCACCCCAAUAAAUGUUAUUCAAAUCUUAAGACUGGAAGAAAACAGUGUUUGAUGUUUUUGCAAGUCAUACUCUCUGACUUGUGCCUUUUUUUACAGUCCCAAAUUAUUUUGGAUGUCGAUUAUCUCCACAUCAGUGUCUUGAAUGGAAAAUUAGACCACGAAUUGGCAUUUGGAACUUAUGCCCUUUGCCUAUUGAAAAGAGUCAUUGAGGGUUUGAACAAAUUAACUCAUUGAUGAGAGGACUAAGAAGGGUUCCUUUUUAAUGUCCCUAAAAAGAAUGCGAAUGGCUACAGUGUCUCUUUUUCAAUACUUUAACUUUGUUUUGGGUUCAUGUUCCAGUGAUAAUGGGGCAAUAGCAAUUGCUUAAAUCACUCAGAUUUGGGGGCAACUUUUUUCAUUAUAUAGUCCCCAGAUAGUCCUUCACUAUACAGAGCCUAAGGUUGCAAAAGAAGUAAACAAUAGGUAGCAGCGACAAGUGGUAGCAAAGAAGUUGCCCCUCUCGAUUUACCGUCUCACAGAAUCAGUAGUUGUUUACGGUAUAGCAUACUCACUACUCUAAAGUUUCAAUGCCUGUCUCUUAUCUGAAUAGCAAUAAAGUCAAACAAUUACACUUAUUUUUAUCAAUGCAUAAACAUAAGAUAACCCAAAUAUAUUAUGUAUUUACCUUAAUAUUUGCAAAGAUAUUGAUUUGCAACGGGUUCACUUUUUUUCGAAUUUAAAUCGUUUAAAUGGUUUUUAGAAUUGGCUUUUUAGCAAUGAUCGUCAUUGAAAUAUAAAUUUAACAAAGAUUUAAGUAGAAGUUGAAAAUUAACAAAAUGAAAUUAACAAAUUAACAAAAGCGGGAAAAUUAACAAAAUGAAGUCUUUAUUUAAAAUAUCAUUGAUGAAAUUUUAUGAAACAUUGUGUUUUUCUGCUGUUUCUGUCAGAAUUUGUAUCAGAAUUUAUUGAGAAUCGAAACAAGCACUGUAAGCUGGGAGUACAGUUUAUAUCUUCUUUAGAGGUUUUUUACACUCGCUUUCUUGAUAUUGGAUUCUUCAUCGGUUUAUGCUGUUCUUGCUACGAAACGUUAUCAUAGUAUAGACUUCUACAAAAGAAGAUUAAUGUCUUUUGUAAAAUUCGUGGACUUAUGAUACGAGAUAGGGUAUUAGAAAUUGUUGGCUGUGAAAAAGCUAGAAGAUAGCACCUGCAGUUUACUAUUUGAAAUUUCAUAUUGAUAAAAAUGAAUUGCCAAGGAUUAAGAAACUUAGAGAAAACAGGGGUAGCAUAAUAUCGUAAGAGUUUACCUCCAGGGUUGCCAGAUGGGAUUUACCAAAGAAAGCCAGAUGGGUGAAAAACUCUGGCUAGAAAGCCCAAAUAAAAAAAUUCUCCAAAAUUACACUGCGUACAUUUCCACGCAUGUGCCUUUUAGAUAAUUUCCAAACUCAAACAAGAAACUGAGAAACUCCCUCCUUCAAAUAUUUAUUUUGCCAAUCUUUAGGUUAGCUGAUAAUAUUUGACAUUUGGGUUUACAUUGGGCAGUACUGCUCUUUCAAUUCAUAAUUUGUUUGUUACUCAGGGUGUUCAAGUUAAAUUUCAAGUU